AUGGGAUCGUUUAAUUCAAGCGGAGUUGACGCGUUCCCAGUUUUCAAUUUAAAUACCUCAUCAGAAAGUCCAUAUACUUUGGCUACUAUAGCGAGUCUUGCAGCACUUGUAAGUUGUCUUAUUUUGUUUACAGUGGUCGGUAACGUCCUGGUUGUAAUUGCGGUGUUAACAAGCCGGGCACUGAAAGCACCCCAGAACCUGUUUUUGGUUUCCUUAGCCACAGCAGACAUUCUGGUCGCCACUUUGGUGAUGCCUUUUUCUUUGGCAAACGAACUUAUGGGCUAUUGGUAUUUCGGGAAAGUUUGGUGUGGAAUUUACCUUGCUUUAGAUGUCUUAUUUUGCACUUCGUCCAUUGUCCAUCUGUGUGCAAUCAGUUUGGACCGUUACUGGUCCGUUACGCAAGCUGUUGAAUACAAUCUCAAACGGACUCCUAAGCGAGUGAAAUGUAUUAUCGUCAUUGUAUGGCUUAUAUCUGCGAUGAUAUCUUCUCCUCCGUUAAUAUCAAUAGACAAGAACAAUGAUAACUCUCAGUACCCAGGAUGUGAGCUGAACAAUGACACUUGGUACAUCCUUUCCUCUAGCAUUGCGUCAUUCUUUGCUCCUUGUCUAAUCAUGAUAUUAGUAUAUAUUAGAAUAUACCAAGUGGCCAAGACAAGGACCAGGGGCAUGUCAGAGAAAAAACAUGGUCCUGGUGAACCUACAAUGACUGAGAAUGGGUUAAGCAAAGCCACCUCGUGCAAAAUCAACGGGGACAAAGAGAACGGGCACUGGCAGUGCCCUUCCACGCCCACCAGCAUGAGGACAACAGGGGUCCAAGACGAGGUGGACCUGGAGGAGAGCUCCUCCUCAGAGGGCAAAGGUCACCCCAAACCUCAGGACCUGAACCAUAAGAGGGCCAAGAGAGCCAGCCGGAAGAACAGCUCCAUCUCCAAACACUCCAGCAGAAUCUCCAGAGCCAGCAACAAAUCCAUGGACCUGUUCGCUUCCAGGAGGAAGAAGAGGAGGAGGAGCUCUGCGUCCAGGAAAAAGGUAUCCCAGGCCAGGGAGAAGAGAUUCACCUUUGUGCUGGCGGUGGUCAUGGGAGUGUUUGUGGUGUGCUGGUUCCCAUUCUUCUUCAGCUACUGCCUGCACGGAGUGUGCGGGGACCCCUGUAAGAUCCCCGAUCCCCUCUUUAAGUUCUUCUUCUGGAUCGGUUACUGUAACAGCUCCCUCAACCCUGCCAUCUACACUAUCUUCAACCAGGAUUUCCGACGCGCCUUUCAGAAAAUCCUUUGCAAGUCUUGGAAAAAAUCCUUCUAG